CGGCGCGGGGCGGUCCGGCGGGUUCAAAGAGGAAAACAUGGCGGAAAACAAAGGCGGCGGCGAGGCCGAGAGCGGCGGCGGGGGCAGCGGCAGCGCGCCGGUAACUGCCGGGGCCGCGGGGUCCGCGGCGCAGGAGGCGGAGCCGCCUCUCGCGGCGGUGCUGGUGGAGGAGGAGGAGGAGGAAGGCGGCAGGGCUGGCGCGGAGGGCGGCGCGGCCAGGCCCGACGACGGGGGGGUGGCCGCGGCCUCCUCGGGCUCGGCGCCGGCUGCCUCAGCCCCCGCGGCCUCAUUGGGCCCCGGAGUUCCCGGGGGGGCGGUCUCGACGCCGGCCCCAGCCCCGGCGUCGGCUCCCGCUCCGGGUCCCUCGUCGGGGCCGCCCCUGGGGCCGCCAGCCUCGCUUCUGGACACCUGCGCUGUGUGUCAGCAGAGCUUGCAGAGCCGGCGCGAGGCGGAGCCCAAGCUGCUGCCCUGCCUUCACUCCUUUUGCCUGCGCUGCCUGCCGGAGCCCGAGCGCCAGCUCAGCGUGCCCAUCCCGGGAGGCAGCAACGGCGACAUCCAGCAAGUUGGUGUAAUACGGUGUCCAGUAUGCCGCCAAGAAUGCAGACAGAUAGACCUUGUGGAUAAUUAUUUUGUGAAAGACACAUCUGAAGCCCCUAGCAGUUCGGAUGAAAAAUCAGAACAGGUGUGUACUAGUUGUGAAGACAAUGCUAGUGCAGUUGGCUUUUGUGUAGAAUGUGGAGAGUGGCUAUGUAAGACAUGUAUCGAAGCACAUCAGAGAGUAAAAUUCACUAAAGAUCACUUGAUCAGGAAGAAAGAAGAUGUCUCAGAGUCUGUUGGAGCAUCUGGUCAGCGCCCUGUUUUUUGCCCUGUACACAAACAAGAACAAUUGAAACUUUUCUGUGAAACAUGUGAUAGACUAACAUGUAGAGACUGUCAGCUGUUGGAACACAAAGAACAUAGGUACCAGUUUUUAGAAGAAGCUUUUCAAAAUCAGAAAGGUGCAAUUGAGAAUCUGUUGGCUAAGCUUCUUGAAAAGAAGAAUUAUGUUCAUUUUGCAGCUACUCAGGUGCAGAAUAGGAUAAAAGAAGUAAAUGAGACUAACAAACGAGUAGAACAGGAAAUUAAAGUGGCCAUUUUCACCCUUAUCAAUGAAAUUAAUAAGAAAGGAAAAUCUCUCUUACAGCAGCUAGAGAAUGUUACAAAAGAAAGACAGAUGAAGCUACUACAGCAACAGAAUGACAUCACAGGUCUCUCCCGGCAGGUGAAACAUGUUAUGAACUUUACAAACUGGGCCAUUGCAAGUGGCAGCAGCACCGCACUACUGUACAGCAAGCGACUGAUUACUUUUCAGUUGCGUCAUAUUUUGAAAGCUCGGUGUGAUCCUGUCCCUGCUGCUAAUGGAGCAAUACGUUUCCAUUGUGAUCCCACCUUCUGGGCAAAGAAUGUAGUCAAUUUAGGUAAUCUAGUAAUAGAGAGUAAACCAGCUCCUGGUUAUACUCCUAAUGUUGUAGUUGGACAAGUUCCUCCAGGGACAAACCACAUUAGUAAAACCCCUGGACAGAUUAAUUUAGCACAGCUUCGACUUCAACACAUGCAACAACAAGUAUAUGCACAGAAACAUCAGCAGUUGCAACAAAUGAGGAUGCAGCAACCACCAGCUCCUGUACCGACUACAACAACAACAACACAGCAGCACCCUAGACAAGCAGCCCCUCAGAUGUUACAGCAGCAGCCUCCAAGAUUGAUCAGUGUGCAAACAAUGCAAAGAGGAAACAUGAACUGUGGAGCUUUUCAAGCCCAUCAAAUGAGACUGGCUCAGAAUGCUGCCAGAAUCCCAGGGAUACCCAGGCACAGCGGCCCUCAAUAUUCCAUGAUGCAGCCACACCUCCAAAGACAACACUCAAACCCAGGGCAUGCUGGACCCUUUCCUGUUGUAUCGGUACACAACACCACAAUCAACCCAACAAGCCCUACUACAGCAACUAUGGCAAAUGCAAACCGAGGCCCCACCAGCCCAUCUGUUACAGCCAUAGAGCUUAUCCCCUCAGUUACUAAUCCAGAAAACCUUCCAUCCUUGCCAGAUAUUCCACCCAUACAGUUGGAAGAUGCUGGCUCAAGUAGUUUAGAUAAUCUACUAAGUAGAUACAUCUCAGGCAGUCAUCUACCCCCACAGCCUACAAGCACCAUGAAUCCUUCCCCAGGACCCUCUGCCCUUUCUCCAGGAUCAUCAGGUUUAUCCAACUCUCACACACCUGUGAGACCCCCUAGUACUUCCAGUACUGGCAGUAGAGGCAGUUGUGGGUCAUCAGGAAGAACUGCUGAGAAGACAGGUCUUAGUUUCAAAUCUGAUCAAGUGAAAGUCAAGCAAGAACCUGGGACUGAGGAUGAGAUCUGUAGUUUUUCAGGAGCUGUGAAACAGGAGAAGACUGAGGAUGGGAGGAGGAGUGCCUGCAUGUUGAGCAGUCCAGAGAGUAGCUUGACACCACCUCUGUCAACCAAUCUGCAUCUAGAGAGUGAGUUGGAUGCGUUAGCAAGCCUGGAAAACCAUGUGAAAUCUGAACCUACAGAUAUGAAUGAAAGCUGCAAGCAGUCCGGGCUCAGCAACCUAGUUAAUGGAAAGUCUCCAAUUCGAAGCCUCAUUCACAGGUCAGCAAGGAUUGGAGGAGAUGGCAACAACAAAGACGAUGACCCAAAUGAAGACUGGUGUGCUGUCUGCCAAAAUGGAGGGGAUCUCUUGUGCUGUGAAAAAUGUCCAAAGGUUUUUCAUCUAACUUGCCAUGUUCCAACACUUCUUAGCUUUCCAAGUGGGGACUGGAUAUGUACAUUUUGCAGAGAUAUUGGGAAGCCAGAAGUUGAAUAUGAUUGUGAUAAUUUGCAACACAGCAAGAAGGGGAAAACUGCACAGGGAUUAAGCCCAGUGGACCAAAGGAAAUGUGAACGUCUUCUGCUUUACCUCUAUUGCCAUGAAUUAAGUAUUGAAUUCCAGGAGCCAGUUCCUGCUUCGAUACCAAACUACUAUAAAAUUAUAAAGAAACCAAUGGAUUUAUCCACCGUGAAAAAGAAGCUUCAGAAAAAACAUUCCCAACAUUACCAAAUCCCAGAUGACUUUGUGGCUGAUGUCCGUUUGAUCUUCAAGAACUGUGAAAGGUUUAAUGAAAUGAUGAAAGUUGUUCAAGUUUAUGCAGACACACAAGAGAUUAAUUUGAAGGCUGAUUCAGAAGUAGCUCAGGCAGGGAAAGCAGUUGCAUUGUACUUUGAAGAUAAACUCACAGAGAUCUACUCAGACAGGACCUUCGCACCUUUGCCAGAGUUUGAGCAGGAAGAGGAUGAUGGUGAGGUAACUGAGGACUCUGAUGAAGACUUUAUACAGCCCCGCAGAAAACGCCUAAAGUCAGAUGAGAGACCAGUACAUAUAAAGUAAAAUAACAUGGACUUAAAUCAGUUGUUUAAAAAGGAAGAAAGAAAGCCUUUUAUUUAAGGGUUGCUGGAAUAAAUCCUGCCUUUACUGGGCAUCUCCUUGAAGAACCCGAUAGCUUUUACACAGUAUUAGGUUGAAAUAAUGGACAGAAAACAUUCUCGUGAAGAAAGAUGAAGAUAAUUCCAUUUGCAACUUUAAAAACAAGAAAAAAAUGAUUUUUCAGGAUUUGUUACUAAAAAGGAUAUUUCUUUGUUAGAAGUGGCAUGUGUUGAUGAUCAUGUGGUAUUGACUGGUGCAGGAUACUGGGUGUGCAAGUAAACACAUAAGGCUCAUGUUGCUUGAUAAAUUGUCUUUUUGGACUAGACUGCAGUUAUUAAAAAAAUUUUAAGCAUCCACUUUACACACAUAGCAUACUGGGUUUUUCUUGUUUAAAAAGUAGCUCAGAUUUUAUUUAAUCUCAAUGGAGACAUGCAUUGAAUCAUGCCAUUAUAUUUUUUCUCAUUUUCAUACUGUUGAGCCUUCAUUUUUAAAUUAGUUUAAAGAACUCAAUAGUACUUUUAUUUUCUGUUUUAUGCAUAUGAUUUAGGAAACAUGAACAUUUGUUUUUCCCUCAGUGAUCUGCUAAAAUAAAAAUGGUAACGUUUUAGUAGUGGAUCAUAUAGAGAGUUAUAGUAGUCAUUUCCAGAAAAUACUUCACACAGCUGCACUUCCCAGUCAAAUCAUGUGAUCAUAACAGUUAUUCCUAUGAAAGGCAGAAUGUUUGUUUUAAAACUAAUCUUGUUUUCUGUACAUUUAAAUUUGAUUGAGAAGGUGACAACUGGCUCUUACCCAGUCUUCCUUCAUAACAGUUUUCCAAUAGACCACUAUUGGCAAACAGUAAUCUGUCAGCUACCAAAUGUGUAAAAUUUUCUGUAUUUCACUUUGUCUUAUUUGUAAAUAAUGAACUAAAACUUCUGGCAGAUCAGCAACAUUUGCUGAGGCUUUUUUUUAAGCUAAUGUGUAUUCUUACUAAUGUUCCUAUCAAGAAUGGAUUUGUAAUAUAUGCUGUCUAUUUCUAAUGUUCACAUUCAUAUUUUGAAGUUCUAUCUUAUUUUAAUAGAGAACAGACUUCUCAAAAUCUUCAGAAGCAGCUUAUUGAAAUAUCAAAAUAUUGAAAUAAACCCGGUGGGGUUAGAUUACUCAUCUGUCCACCAAGUGGGACAUUUGCAUGGACUGGGGUCUUAAAGGACUUAGAAGAGACCUGUAAGUAAAUCCUGAAAAUGAGCCAAUCCCCACUUGAAUGGUUACUGGAGUAAACCCACCUUUCCCUGAUUACCAUACCCGAGGCAGAUAAAUCAACUUGGCUCUGGUUCAUUUUUCUUCUCAUUUGUGAUGCUGACAUUCAAGAUGUGUGUUCUAGACUGUGUACAGGCUUCUCUUAUGUUGGAUUAAAAAUUUUAGUCCUCCUUUUGUAUGGACACAUUAGAAUAUAAAGUGACCAAAAUAGAGGAAUUUGCCAUUAGAUAUUUUUCAGAUGUCAGCAGAUUUGUGGCAAAUCAUUUGCCUUUUUAAAAAAUUCACCUAAGCAGUUCAGACCAUAGACUACUCAGAACAUUAUUUGACAUAAUUGUCUAAGAAGUAAAUAUUUUUUAGUGCAUAUUAAAUCAAAUAAAGUGCUCUAAAGAAAUUAUUAUACAGAUUCUUUUGGGCUGUUUUUUCUUAAGGGGUGGGGAAUAAACAGGAAUAUGAUUCAGACCUUCUGAUGGUAUAUUUAAACAGUAUUAAUUUUCUUAUUAUUUACUUUAUCUUCUGGCUUUCUUUUAGCUUCUUUUUUUCUGUUGUAAAGCAAGCUUUAAAACAUACCAAACUGUUUUAUCAUUUUAUUGAAAUUUCAAGUUUGUAAGAUUUUUUUUUUAAAGGGGGAAGACAAUUUUUAAAAUGCUUUUAUGUAUCCCUACUUCCUUCUUUUCCACAACAUCUGUGAUUUCAAUUCAUAAAUAGACAUGUAUCUAAGAGAACAUUUUUGGAAAGUGAAGAAUAGCAGUAUGACUUUGUUUUGUUAAGCCGUUGAGCUCUGUUAUUUUGUAUUUGUUCAUGUGAAUCCCUCAGAAUUCUUAGGUGUAAUAAGUCAUAAAAAGGUUCUGCCAAGUGGGAGGGAGAAACAAAUUUUAUUAAGUAAAUAUUUCUCAAUAUCUAGAGCUCUAAAAGAUGUGUUCCCUUAAAAGCAUUUUCAAAUUAGAGUUUUUGUUUCUUUUAAUAUUAGUUGUUCAAUUUAUUUUUUGUUUGUUUGUUUUGUUAUUUUUUGGUACCGGGAAUUGAACUCGGGAACUUGCACUUGCAAAGCAGGUGGCAGAACCACUGAGCUAAAUCCCCAGCCCAAAUUGUUCAAUUUAAAAACCAUUUUAUUGUCAACAUUUAGUAGGCUCCAUUUGUAUUAACAGAAAAUGAUUCUUACUGCUGAGGAAUUAGUAUUACAAAAUAGCUGUCAGCCAACCACCAUUAAAUGAAGAUGUUCACUUUAAAUUUGGUUGAACCUUUUUCUUGAACACUGAUCAUUUUUUUCUAAGCUGAUUUGUUAAGCUCUAACAUAACUGGUUAACAAGUAUAAGAAUUUAAGUUGACAUUCAGUUAUUUAAUUUGUUUUCCCUGGUAAUUUAUGUUUUAAAAAGAUAAAGACUGAAUGUAUCCGUUCCUGAAAUCAGUUGUUCUGAUAUGCUCUCAUAUUUGUAUUCUUUGUUAAGAGCUAGUACUUUAGAUUUGGAGAAAAGUCUUCAUUAUACUACAGUAUUUCCUUAAAAACUUUCAAUAUUUUUGCCACACUUUAGUUUACUUCUCCUAUCAAAAAAACUUAAGUGUUUCUCAAUCUCUUCUGACCUAAAUUUGUGUUUUUCAGCACUUGGCUCAGCUGAUUCACUGAGUGAAGAAAUUGAUUUGCAAAGUGCAGUGUGUGAAAAUUUCAAAGUAUAGGUCGUGCUCUAUAUAAAAACAUCAAAGCAUUGCUACAGAGAGAUGAUAAGACAUUAGAUCUACCAGUGAAAUUGUUCUUUUUGGAAUUAGUAAGUUAGUCCUUUCUGACUUCUGUUUCUUACAUAAGGGAAUUUUAGAUAAUUUUUGUUUUAACAAGUUUUGAAAUUUGUAGUUAAAAAUCAAAACAAAUAAUUCUGUAAAGUAUCCAAAUUGUAGAUUUAUCAGUUACCUCAGCAGGUAUCCUGCCGUGUAAUUAUUAGUGAUUGGUGUUAAUAAGCCUAUAGAUUCAGGUUUUUCACCUCUGCCCUUGGGUUGUGGCCUACCAUAUUUUAUUGAAGGGUUUCUUACUGUCCAAGUGAGACUAGAUGCUCUGGCCCCUUCUUAGCCUUUACAUCCUAUACCCACCCUUACUUACAUGUAACACAUAAAAUAUAAAAAUCUUCUUGUCGAAGUCAGCACUGCUCAUUUGUGUACUCAACAUUGGAUCAGUAAUUUUAUAAAAAUCUGCCCACCCAACUCCCUUAAUUAAAACAAAUUCUUAACUCAUACCAUGAAUUCUUAAUUUAUACAAUUCUUAUUAAUUGUCUGCUGAAGGUAAUUCAAGAUUUUUCCAGGUGUAUUACAGUGGGAUCAUAUACCAGACCUAGAUGUUAAUUUUUUUUUUCUCCCAGUUAUCUCCUCCUUGAUAAAGCAAUAACACUGCUUUAAGUCUGUUGCCUAAUAGCAUGUCAUAAUCCUCUCCUGGAUGGUGAUUUUAUAGGAAAGUUUGUAUGCAUAUCACCCAGUCUAUCUUUUAAAAAAUUAAGAAAUUUAAAUGUAUGCUGGAGGUAAUGACAAUAUAUUGUGGCAUUUUAUUUUAAAAAUUGGGGAAAGUUGCAUAUUUUUUUAAAAGUAAGUGUUUGAGUAAGAAAAUUGAAGGUACUUUUUUAAGGAAAAAAAUUUAUAUGCCACAGUUUACAUAGACAUUUCAGAUUUCAACAUGUACUCUUAGAUAUAACAGCUUCUUUUGCUUGGCCAAAUGCAUGUUUUACUCGGUCAAAAUGCAUUUCUUCCAUCUUAGUUUCUUAUGUUUGCUUAUAUAGUCCUUUUUAUAUUUUUAUUGUAUCGGAGAAACAAAAUUAUCUUCAAAACUAAGUCAAUUUGGACAUAUGUGUCAUCAAACUACAGAAUGUAUAAAGUUAAGUUUAGCCCUUUUCAACAAGUGAUCUUUAAAAACUGAAAAUGCUGCUCUUUUAAAUUUACCAAAUCUAUAUUUGGGAAGGCACCAAAAUGAUUUGUAAGUGCCACUACAAUAUUCCCAUUCAAUUAUGGCCAAAAGUUCAUUCUUAAGAAGGAAAUGCAUGUCUGCUUCUGAUCUGAAAAAUGUAGGCAUUUACUGUGUUUUAAAACAGUGAAACAUGUACAUAGCCUAUUAAAAAAAAAUUGUGCAAUUGGAAAGCCUAAUUUUUCUACAUAGACAUACCUACAUACAAAAGGGUUAAAUUCAUAGCCUUACUAGUUCCUUGCUUCCAGUACUUCAACUGGUAUCCUCCCCUCAUUAUUAUUAUUACUACUGUUAUUUUUGCACAUAGUUAACUACCCUUCAAUAUGAUUCUUAAAGGAAAAGUGCUGUUUCUGUGAUAACGUAUUCGCUAAAUGAUCAUAUUUAAUUUUUUUAAACAAGGUUGCAGUUUCUAAUUGUUAUGUUCCUGUGUUUUUGCUGGUGUGUAAUAAAAGCAAAUUUUUUCUUUUCGUGGUUAUUUAAUACGUUAGCUGCCUGUAAAUAAUUCUUGUUAUAAUACUCUGGAAUGUGUUGUAGAAGUUGUAUUAGAUUAGUUUAAAGCCUUGUUUGAAAACCACAUUGUUUUGGUUAUUUCUAUUAAAUUAGAAAAUUGAAAAAGG